CAAGAUGGAGGAGGAGUUUACUGUGAACGCGGCGGCGGCGGCGGCGGCGGCGGCGGCGGCGGCGGUUGGGGGAACGACCUGGAGCGAUGGCGAUGUGGCUGCGCUGACGGAGAUUGUCAAUGAGGCUUAUCGGUGGGGGGAAGGGAAUAUUUGGGAGGAGCCCUUUCAUCGGACCGAUGCUGGGGAGGUGCGCGAGCUGUUGGAGCGGGGCAAGCUGAUCUUGGCGCAGCCUCAAGGACAGCAGCGUCCUGUGGGCUGUAUCAAGUGCGAGGUGUUUGAGGAAGAUGGCCGGCAGGGAGCAGAAAUUGGCUUCUUCGCCAUUGAUGCUACUCUCCGUCGCCAUGGGCUGGGUAAGCGCUUGUAUGCUGCAGCCGAGUCGCAAGCGCGCGCUGCCGGCUGCGCGUUUAUGCGGCUGUACGUCCUUGAUCCUCUGCAUUGGGACCACCCCAUGAAGGAGGCCCUCAAAAGGUGGUAUGGUCAGCUUGGCUUUGCCCUGACCGGCUCAAGCGCAGAGCUGCCUCUCGCCGGUCGACUCAACAACCAUCUUGCCACCGAGGCCCGCCUCAUUGUCAUGGAGAAACCCUUGCACACUUAAGCUUCAAGGAGGCUGUGCCUCACACUGUCUCCCAACCACCCCGCCUCGCCCUGCUCGACACCUGUUUGAGUGGCCUGCUGCAGGCGAGGAAGAAAUUUGACAGUGUCUAUCUAGGAUUUCCAUACUCAAAAGGUUGGGGACGCGAACAUGCCGCACCCUGGCCCCGUGAUCUAAUCGAGCUUUGGCCCAU